GUCCUUGCCUUGAGUGUCGGGGCCCAGCCCUGCUCCCAAAGACUGGACGUGUGCCCCGGAUCGAUUUUCUGUGGCAGAGGGAGAGGAUUUGGGGCGCGGGCGGACUUUGGUCCUCCUUCCUCUGUGCCUCCCACACUCCAGCGCUGAGCCACGUGUUAGAAUUUGGACUCGGACCAGAGUCCCAGAUGGGAGCGGGAUCCCGGGGUGGGGCGGGGAGCUCCUGCUGGUGCCAAGGUGCAUGGCGCGGCUCAGCCCCUUAACAGGACAGCCCCGUUCAUCUGGGUCUCCAAAUACUGCUUCCACCUCACCGACCCCCAUUCCCUCUCGCUGUCUCCUUUCAGCUAAGAAGAGUCCCGGUGGACAAAUAACCCCGAGACAGUCGCUGGUUCAGAAGCACUCUUGGUGUAUUCUGCUUCCUUCUGGCAAUCCUGCCCACCAUGUCCUCCAAGAAGCUGAUGAAUUCUGUGACAGGCUGUGCCGACGAUGCCCUGGCCGGGCUGGUGGCCUGUAACCCUGACCUCCAGAUUCUACAAGGACACCGAGUGGCCCUGCGCUCUGACCUGGAGAGCCUGAAGGGACGGGUGGCCCUGCUGUCGGGUGGGGGCUCUGGCCAUGAGCCUGCCCACGCAGGUUUUAUAGGCAAAGGGAUGCUGACCGGGGUCAUUGCCGGUGCGGUGUUCACUUCCCCCGCAGUUGGCAGCAUCCUGGCCGCGAUCCGGGCGGUGGCUCAGGCUGGCGCAGCGGGGACGCUGCUCAUCGUGAAGAAUUACACGGGAGAUCGACUCAACUUUGGGCUGGCCCGGGAGCAGGCCCGGGUGGAGGGCAUCCCGGUGGAGAUGGUUGUCAUCGGCGAUGACAGCGCCUUCACCAGCCUGAAGAAGGCGGGCAGGCGGGGCCUCUGUGGCACGGUGCUCAUCCACAAGGUGGCAGGUGCUCUGGCAGAGGCCGGCAUGGGGCUCGACGACAUUGUUCGCAGAGUGAGCGCAGCUGCUGCUGCCAUGGGCACCCUGGGGGCGAGCUUGUCCUCCUGCAGCGUCCCAGGCUCCAAACCUACCUUCCAGCUUCCUGUUGAUGAAAUGGAGCUGGGCUUGGGGAUCCACGGGGAGGCUGGCGUACGUCGGCUGAAGAUGGCCACGGCGGAUGAGGUGGUGAAGACAAUGAUUGACCACAUGACUGACCCCUCCAACGAGUCCCACGUACCGGUCAGGUCUGGCUCUUCGGUGGUGCUGGUUGUCAAUAACCUGGGCGGCCUGUCUUUCUUGGAGCUGGGCAUCAUGGCUGAUGCAGCAGUCCGCUGCCUUGAGGCCCGUGGUGUGAAGAUUGCCCGUGCCCUGGUGGGCACCUUCAUGUCAGCACUGGAAAUGGCUGGCCUCUCCCUGACCCUCCUGCUGGUAGAUGAUGCCCUCCUUAAACUGAUAGAUGCUGAAACCACGGCUUCGGCCUGGCCCAACGUAGCCAGAGCGCAUGUGACAGGUCGCACCCGGAGCCGGGCAGCGCCUGCCGAGAAGCCAGAGGGCACCGAGCCGACGGCGACGGGAGGUGCUGGCUCCCAGAGGGCAGCUGCCAUCCUGCAGCGAGUGUGUGCCACCCUCCUUGGCCUGGAGGAACACCUGAAUGCUCUGGACCGAGCUGCCGGAGAUGGCGAUUGUGGCACCACCCACAGCCGAGCUGCCAGAGCGAUCCAGGAAUGGCUGAAGGAGGGCCCACCCCCCAGCCACCCUGACCAGCUACUCUCUGGAUUGUCGCGGCUCCUGCUGGAGAAGAUGGGAGGUUCAUCAGGGGCGCUCUACGGCCUGUUCCUGACUGCGGCUGCCCAGCCCCUCAAGGCCACGCCUGGCCUCCCCGCCUGGACUGCUGCCAUGGAUGCUGGCCUGGAGGCCAUGCAGCGGUACGGCAAAGCUGCUCCUGGGGACAGGACCAUGCUGGACUCGCUAUGGGCCGCAGGCCAGGAGCUCCACGCCCUAAAGACCCCGGGGGCUGACCUGCUGCAGGUGCUGAGCAAAGCGGUCAAGAGUGCCGAGGCCGCGGCAGAGGCCACCAAAAAGAUGGAAGCUGGAGCUGGGCGAGCCAGUUACAUCAGCUCGGCCAAACUGGAGCAGCCGGACCCGGGGGCCGUGGCCGCCGCCGCCAUGCUCCGGGCCAUCCUGGAGACGUUACAGAGCCAGAGCGCGUGACUCUCCUUCCCCAUCCAGUCCCGUCCCUCUCCCCAACCGCUGCUGUGCAGCUGCUCAGGGCCCACAUCCUCACCUCCACCUCUCCAUGG